AGAGAGAGAUGCGUAGCUAGUUAUCUAGGACAUGUAUGUAUGUGUGUUGUGUAUGUACAUGACAUGAAAUGAUUGAGAGAGGAACAAUAAGAGCGUUUUAGCAGAUCCGUUUUUAUUCAUUUUAAAAACAAGAUAGAUUGAUACAUAGAUAGCUAAGAGAGCAAGAAGAAGCUGGCCUGCACAUAUAUUCCGGAUUGACUCUGGUUCUUCUCUCUAUCUUCAUCAUUUCCGGAUUUUAGCUGUCGCCCCUCCCUUUCCCCGCACCCGCAGAUACUUAUUAAUUUCUUUCCUCCCUUGAUUUGUAUUUGUGGGUCGUAUUUCUCAAGCUACCUACCUGCCUAUCAAUUAAGGGACCUUCGACUCACAACUUUUAUUUUACUUAGCUUGCUAGGUUUGUAUGUCUAGAGUGUUCUGCUUAUAUUGUAGCUAUCACUUCACAAAUUUUCUUUGAGUUGCUCGAAACAAGAUCGGUGUUGAAUUAAGAAUAUUACUUGUUUUCUUCACCGCAUAUACAUGGCGGCUGCUUCUUCGUCAAUACCGUUUUUCGGAAGCACUAGUAGCAGAGAAGAAACCCAAAGCCAGAUGACGUCCACGCUACAACAGCAUUCCUCCGCAACGCCUUCCUCUAAUACUACAGCCGCAGCCGCAGCCCCACCCCCUCAAAAGAAAAGGAGAAAUCAACCUGGAAAUCCAAAUCCAGAUGCAGAGGUCAUCGCACUAUCUCCCAAGACGCUCAUGGCAACAAACAGGUUCAUAUGUGAGGUGUGCAACAAAGGGUUCCAAAGGGAGCAAAACCUUCAGCUUCACAGAAGAGGACACAAUCUGCCUUGGAAGCUCAAGCAGAAGACUACAAAAGAACCCAGACGCAAGGUCUACCUGUGCCCCGAGCCCACAUGCGUCCACCAUGACCCCUCUCGAGCUCUGGGCGACCUCACCGGCAUCAAAAAACACUUCUCUAGAAAACAUGGCGAGAAGAAAUGGAAGUGCGAGAAGUGCUCCAAGAGGUACGCCGUGCAAUCGGAUUGGAAGGCCCAUUCUAAGACUUGCGGCACUAGGGAAUACAGAUGCGAUUGUGGCACUCUCUUCUCAAGGCGCGACAGCUUUAUCACGCAUAGGGCAUUCUGCGAUGCACUUGCUCAGGAGAGUGCAAGGCAUCCUUCAAGCUUAAACACCAUGGGUGGUCAACUAUAUGGACACAACCACAUGAGCUUAGGCCUAUCCCAAAUUCCCUCACUUCAAAAUCAGACCCACCUGCCCAACAACAUGUUGAGGUUAGGAAAUGCUGGGGGUGCAAAAUUUGAGCAUCUAAUCACCCCAUCAAAUCCUUCUUCCUUCGGAUCACAAGCCAUGCCUAAUUCCUCCAAUUUCUUCAUGAGGGAUAUUGCUAACCAGCAAGGCUUUCAGGAUCAGCACCAAUUUCCCAGCAAGGCAGCAUUGCAUGGGCUAAUGCAACUCCCUGAUCUCCAAAGCAACGGUAACAACAACAACUCACCCUCAUCAACUAGUGCUGCAAAUCUCUUCAACCUGAGCUUCUUUUCUAACAACAGUACCAGCAGCAGCUUGACUCCACCUGAUCAUCAGUUUAGUGAUGGCAAUGGCGGUGGCCAAGGGUUUAGCAUGGGUGCUGCUGAUCAUCACAAUAUGGGGUCGGCUACUCUACCAUCUCUCUAUGGGAAUUCCAUGCAACAUGAAAGCAACAUUGCUCCACAUAUGUCUGCCACUGCUUUGCUUCAGAAAGCUGCCCAAAUGGGUUCAACUACAAGCACCGAAAGCUCGUCUCUGCUACGAGGGUUAGGCAAUUCAUCAACAAGAGCAGCUAAAUCCGGUAGGCAACUAGUUUCGGCACCCUCUACCGUUGGUGUCAGUUUUAGUGGCGAUCAUCACAGUAGUGGUGGCGAACAGCAACACUUAAGAUCAUCACAGCAGGUGGACAAUGAAAACCAUCUUCAAGGUUUGAUGAACUCUCUUGCCAAUGGGGGCUCUUCUGUUUUUGGAGGUGGAGGAGUGCAUGGGCAGGAUCAUAACAGCUUUGGUGGGUUUAGUAGUGGCAGUACUGGUACUAGGGUUAAUGCAAUGGAUCAACAGCAUAAUAACACAAAUUAUGAUGAGGCUAAGUUGCAUCAAAAUUUGGGUGUAAAUUUUGGAGGGUCUGAUAAAUUGACCUUGGAUUUUCUGGGAGUUGGAGGGAUGGUACGAAACAUGAGUGGUGGCCAUGGAUACUCACAGCGAGAUCAUCAUCAGCAACAUCAUGGCAUAAAUAUGAUUGGCACUUUAGACCCAGAGUUGAAGUCAGCGCAGGCAAGUCAACCCUUUGGAGGCACUGCACUGCAAUGAGCGUGCGUACAGUUGUGAUGAUGAGGUGAAAGCUAGCUAGAUCGAAGGAUUCCAAUUAAGUUCAUAUAGAUGAGAGUUCCUGUUUAAUAUAUGUAUGGAAAAAAGGACGUUUAAUUAUGAACUAGUUGUCUUGACCCCCACGCAUUAGGGUUUCAUUGAUUUAAUU